AACGCCGAAAGGAAAGCGAAUUCCAUCGCCAACGAUUUCCGAGACUCACGCCACAUUUCGAGCCAAUGCAGCCUAUAUACAGGCCCGUGACUGCUUUCUCCCCAUAACACAGCGCAGGAUGCCGAAUACCGCGAAACGGGCCACGAAGGCUCUCCCCGCCGCCGCCAUCCCCGAGCCCUUCGAGCCCGCAUCCGCCGCCCUUGCCCGCUUCCUCUCUACCUUCGAUAAGGACAAUGUCUACAUAACACACAUCGAUAACCAUCCAGCAUGGUUCAAGCGGCGCAUCUUCUUCGUGCCCGUGGGCAUCAACGUCGUCAUCGCCGCCCUGCUGCUCUGGCGAGCGUACGCUGCGUCCCCCUUCUACUGGUCGCUGCUCAUGUCGCUCCUCGGCAACCGUAACGAGACGACGAUAUACUACACUGAGACACCGUGGGGGAAGCUGAUCAAGUCGGUGGUGUGGCGAAUGUUAGUAUUUCUGUUCGACUGGCUCCUGUUCAGGAUCGUGGGCCCGUGGCCGUGGAGCUUCUUCCUCGAGAGCCCUGGGAACCCCGUAACGUGGCGCUUCACCGUGGGAUUCCGUGACGAGGAGGUAUAUGUGCGACAGAGCAGAGGGUGGGGCGCGAAGGAUCUGCUUGGGGAGGCGGAGGGCUCGAGCGGCAAGGCAGGCGGUGACAGUCCGUUCUUCAAGACGAGGAUACUGCCCGCAGUUGAUAUGCGGAGAUUGCGGGAGAAGACGGGCUAUCUACUGAUGGACGGAGACUUCGAUCUCGACUUCGGAGGCAUGAUCACGGCCACUAAGCUUCUAGAUAAGAAGGAAAUAACCGCAGAUCUACUCCGCACAAGCGUGUUUGUGUGGGUGGGUAGCGAGGAAACUGGUCAAUGGGCUGUUUGGAACUGCUGGAAGCUCGACGAAGGAUCCGAGACGGAAGCGAGGCAGAAGAUCAUGCUGUUCAAGGACCGUCUCACGGCAAUGGGCAAGGAGAGCCUCUUUUUCAAGUGGGUCGAGCUGGUGCAGUUCGAGAGCAACGCGCCUGGAGGCUUCACGUACGAGAGACAAGCCGCAACGGCGGAGAAGGCGAAGACGCUUUUCGAAGAGGAGGGCAUCGACUUCGAUAAGUUUAUUAGGGAUAUAGGAGGAUUGGGCGGCAUGCCUGGGAUGGACUGAGACCUCGCGUCAAAUUUGGCGAACUCAGCGUCCUUGUGAACCCCGCCU